GGUAAAACUCUGAUUUGUAUUCAUUAGUUAAUCAAGUUUAGUAAAAUACAAAAUGGCGUUAGGGAACGAGGUCGUUGCCAAAAGUGACCCUGAGGAAGAUCCUCCAGCAGAGGACGAAGAGAAGGAGGAAGAAGAGGAGGAGGAAGAAGAAGAUUUAAUAGAUCCAGUGGAUGAAGUACGUGCAGAAUGUGAAGCCAAAGCAUCAAGUCAGAAAUACUUUGCUAAACUGGAGGAAUGUAAUAACCGUGUAAACAGUCGAUCACAUACUGAAGAAACAUGUCACGAAGAAAUGUUAGAUUGGGUUCAUUCAGUCGAUCAUUGUGUGGCAAAAACAGCAUUCAGUAAACUGAAAUAACACAGAGGACCAUAGGAGACUAUUUAUAUAAAUUAUGUGUGACAUUUUAUGUGAAUGCAGUGGACUUUGGCUGCGAAUCACCAUUUUAUGAUACUGUUUCCAUUUUACUAAGAAGAGCUAAAAAAAUCAUAUUUUACUUGAUUGUCUUGAAAUUUCUAGUUAUGGUGAAGUUCAGUUUAAUCCAACCUGUUCAUGAUGUUAUAAUUUGUUAACAGUGCACUGAGUUUGAUACAAAAUCGGAUAACAACUUACAAGUAAAAAAGAAAGAAAUGUUUGAUUUGUUAAAGUGAAUGCAAUCAUCAUUUUUGUAGAUACAAAUGUUAAAUAAACUUUAGGCAUA